AUGCUCUGGCGUCAAAAACCCCUUGGGUAUGAUCCCAAAGAUUUCCCCGACUACAAGCUUUAUCAGAAUCACGAGACUGGUUUCCAGCAAUUAUUGAAGCAGUGGCCUAUCAUCUUCACUUUCAUUACAUGGUCUUUCACCUUUUUGUUUUCCAUCCUCACCAUCAUCAACGAGUGGUUCUGGAUGAUCAUUCGCGAUCCUCUUCAAUACGGCAAGGCGAAUGCCUGGAUCAUCAAACAGUAUCACGGAUGCCCUACCGUCUUCCAGAUGACCUAUGGAGCAGCCAUCACUGUCUGGUUCUUCAGCAUCCUCUACCGUAUUAUCAUUGCGAUUUGCGGCGUUCUACUUGGUGCCUACAACGAUCCUGCGUGGGCUGUCAAUCAGGCCUUGACUUUCUCAUCAUACGUGGAGGAUCUUGUGUUUGGCGGCGGCACUUUGAUCGCUUGUACCAUCUUCAACUUUGCUUACUCUUCCAUCGUCCUUCUCCACGACGUAUCGGUCCACUCCUUCAGUGGAAUGAUCAUCUUGCUCAUUGCGGUUGUCCUCUUCCAGCUACACCACUACCUCUUCGUUUACAACCCCGAGGCCACAAAAGAAUCCACCCAGCCGCUCAAAGGAAUUAUCAACAAUUCAUCCGUGGACGCAAUGCGAUCCCCAAACACCAAUAUGGGGAGCUACCAAGUACCCACACCUCUCACGGGAUCCUCGCUCCAGAGAAUACCAUACAACCCACCAUGGCGAAGCAGCCCAGGACGCUGCUUCCGGGCCCCUACUACACCCUCAACUGGAUCAACUACAUCAUCUUCUAACUCAUCGCCCCCUGAUCCUACUCCUUUUCGACGACGACCUAGCCCGAAAUCCAACAAACCUCCUGGAGCCUCAUAUGUCGCAGUGUCCCCUAAAUCUGUCGAAAAGCUGCGUAAUGAUGGCUACGGGGUCCCAGAGCCCACCAGAGAGACAACUUACUCCUGGGACUCGCCCAUCGGCGAUGAGCGUCUUGCUCAGCUCCGGCGACGAGCCCAGCUCCACGUCAAACCCAGCCCUCCCAAGUUCAAGGAAGUCGAGCAACACAAGGCCGAGGCCGAAGAUGAGGCUAGAUUUGUCCAUUCUGUCGUGCCUACUAAGACCCAGUGGGUUUACUCUUCCCUUGAUGCUGUCGAGCGACGAAUCGCAAUCAUCACCGACGAAGUUAAAGACCUCGGCACAAAGGUCGACUCGUUCAAAGAAGCAGGCAUCGUUCGACCUAUCCCUGAGCCCUCAGAUGAUCUGCAAGCAUCACCCCGAACCCAGAAGCGCGAAGCCACUCUGGUCGAGAGAGAGCGCAUCAAGGCCGCCAUGACUCAUUACGUACCCGAGAUCGAGAACGCCGCAAUGGCCAUUCUGAAGCAACAGCAUGGCGUCGAGGAGCUGCUGGACCGAACCGAGAAUCUUAUUGCAAAAGCUGGUAAAACCGGAUGCGCCGUCUCCCGUGCCGUGUCUGGUGAAGUGGAGGACUGCAGAGUCAAGAUUAAGAAUAUGUUUGGCGAUGCCAGGCAGACACUGAUCAAAGCUCGAUCCAUCGAAGAGCUUUGCGAAGAUCGUCGCGUGAAGCUGACAGAUGAAGCCAACAAAUUGAAGCGUCUGGACCGGGCUCAUCUGCUCUUGUUGGAAAUCAACGCCAAGAAGCGCGAGAUUGAAAUGCACCGAUCGGUGAUCACAAUCGAGAGUCGGUAA